ACCACUCUGUCGUACAUCCUGAAAAUUGGAAGACAGGCAGGUGAAGUGAUGAUCUUCCUCAUGGUCACAGUGUCAGUAUCAGGAUUUGAACCCACAACGUCUUGCUUGUAAUGGGAAAUAUCUGGAAUUGAUUCAUCAUCCUCAUGGUGGUCCUUGGUUCUGGUGGAAAAACCUCAGUAGAGUCUAGCACACUUCUUAAUCCUAUUGGUUUACAGAUGCAGUGCAAGCUGAAGUCUCCUGUUGUCUCCAGCUAAAGAAUGAAGUAUCCACUUCAGUAAACUGUUCAGUGCAAGUUCAUUGCUAAGUUAUUCAUACGUUGCUGAUGAUGCCAGAAUAGUGACAUGUUGCAUGUCGCUUGAACAUGAAAGUAAGAAUUCCACGGUAAUGGGUUAAUGUGGCAAUACUGCUCCUACCGGUACUAAUUUCGAUAGUAGUAAAUCUGACUGUGAGGGACCAAUAAUAAAAAUGGUAAUACAGUAUGAGAAGGAUGAGAUGAAACGUGGACAUCGCGUUAGGAGAACCACUGUACCUGAAUGGUGACGUCAAAAGAACAGUUUUGAGCCAAGUGGCUUUCCGUAGGAGGCCAAUUUCUGGCCUUGCAGCAUGUAGCGACAGUAAGCUGCGCUCUCACUGCCAUUGAGGUGAUUCCCCUUUCAUUCUAGCGAAUAAAAACACCGGAUGUGACGUCAGUCCAGUCGAAAACAUGGCGUCUGUGGUGACCGUUUUGGGAGAAGGAGAUAAACACCUGUGCAUUAGGAAGGCAUCGUCAGGUUGUUUGUAAAUCACUUGGUAGCAUUUGGUGUCGGUGAACGGGCGGCUCAUCUUAUGAAAAAGGCAACCAGCGACGUCGGAAACUUUUGGGUAAUCCAUGUCAAAGGGAGAACGAACGCUCCGUCUGAAGAGGAGUUGUCGGCUGCAGCCUCAGCAGCAGCAGCAGCAACGAGGAGGUCAUUAAUGGCAGGGGACGUGGAAGUGUAUAAUUCAUCACUUCAUGAUACCAGUGUCUCCUCUGGCUUCAGGGCACUAUAUGAGGAAAGGCUUCUUUUGGAUGUUACACUGGUCAUUGAGGACCACCAUUUCCAAGCCCAUAAAGCCCUUUUGGCCACACAGAGUGACUAUUUCCGCAUUAUGUUCACAGCAGACAUGCGGGAACGGGACCAGGACAAAAUACACCUCAAAGGACUGACUGCCACUGGCUUUAGCCAUGUUUUACAGUUCAUGUACUAUGGCACGAUUGAAUUAAGCAUGACAACAGUACAUGAGAUUCUGCAGGCUGCUAUGUAUGUACAGUUGACUCAGGUUGUAGAGUUCAGCUGCUCUUUCCUGCUUGCAAAGAUAUGUUUGGAUAACUGUGCUGAAAUAAUGCGUCUGUUGGAUGACUUCAGUGUAAACAUAGAGGGUGUUCGAGAGCAGCUGGAUAGCUUCCUACUGGAGAACUUUGUGCCUCUUAUGUCAAGACCAGACUUCCUAUCCUACUUGACUUACGAGAAGUUGAUGGCAUACCUGGAUAGUGACCAGCUGAGCCGUUUCCCUGAGAUUGAAUUGUAUGAGGCAGUACAGUCAUGGCUGAGACAUGAUCGUCGCCGUUGGCGCCACACAGACUCUGUUAUCCAGAAUGUCCGCUUCUGCCUCAUGACUCCUUCUCAUGUCUUUGAGAAGGUUAAGACAUCUGAAUUUUAUCGUUAUUCCCGGCAGCUUCGACUUGAAGUGGAACAAGCUCUCAAUUACUUUCAUGGCAUUAAUCAGCAACCUUUAAUGGAGAUGAAAUCCAAUCGCAUUCGUUCUGUAAAACCUCAGACUGCUGUUUUUCGGGGGAUGAUUGGACAUAGCAUGGUUAACAGCAAGAUCUUGUUGCUACACAAACCUAAAGUAUGGUGGGAACUGGAGGGUCCCCAGGUGCCCUUGAGGCCAGACUGCUUGGCUAUUGUCAAUAACUUUGUAUUUUUGCUGGGAGGUGAAGAGUUGGGUCCAGAUGGGGAAUUUCACGCAUCUUCGAAAGUGUUUCGAUAUGAUCCAAGGCAGAACUCUUGGCUUAGGAUGGCAGACAUGUCUGUUCCUCGCUCAGAGUUUGCCGUAGGGGUCAUUGGAAAGUUUAUCUAUGCAGUUGCAGGGAGAACUCGAGAUGAGACAUUUUACUCAACUGAGCGUUAUGAUAUAACAGAAGAUAAAUGGGAAUUUGUUGAUCCUUACCCUGUUAAUAAAUAUGGCCAUGAAGGUACUGUACUCAAUAGCAAGUUAUACAUCACUGGAGGUAUUACCUCAUCAUCAACUUCAAAGCAGGUUUGCGUGUUUGACCCCAGCAAGGAAGGUAUUCUGGAGCACCGAACCCGGAGGACCCAAGUGGUAACAACUUGCUGGGAGAACAAGUCAAAAAUGAAUUAUGCUCGCUGUUUUCACAAAAUGAUUUCCUACAAUGGGAAGCUUUAUGUUUUUGGUGGAGUUUGUGUCAUUCUACGAGCAUCCUUUGAAUCCCAGGGCUGCCCCUCUACAGAAGUUUAUGAUCCAAAUACAGAUGAGUGGACCAUUUUGGCUUCAAUGCCCAUUGGUAGAAGUGGACAUGGUGUUGCUGUACUUGAUAAGCAAAUUAUGGUUCUUGGGGGUCUUUGUUAUAAUGGUCAUUACAGUGACUCCAUACUCACUUUUGACCCAGAGGAAAACAAGUGGAAGGAGGAUGAGUACCCUAGAAUGCCUUGUAAACUGGACGGUCUGCAGGUCUGCAGCCUGCAUUUUCCAGAAUAUGUACUGGAGAAUGUGCGACGGUGUAGCUGAGAACCUGCUCUUAGGUGCCCUGCAGAUGCUGAAGUGCAGUUCAAAAGACUCCAAAUGACAAUUUUAAGGAAUACUUGUUUACAAUGAGAAAAGAUGUAACAGUGAAAGUCAAAUUCUUAUUAGGUAGAGUGAUAUCCUACCAACUUGAAAUGUUAAUUUUGUAAUCUGAUUUUUUUUUUUUUUUUUUUUUUUUUUUUUCCUGAGUGAACAUUUCACUUUUAUCUUACUCCGUUUCUUUCUCAAGUAGCCCUCCAACACAAGUUGUAACCCCAUUUAGGUAGAGUCGAUUCUGGUUGUGAUGUGCUUCAACCUGAACAAAUGUGGGAGUGUGCGGAGGUCACAUGACAUACAAAAACUCAUUAAUUUCACUAACAACCUUUUUUUUUUUUUUUUAAACAAUUAACUUAGCUGGUAUUGCAUUGGGCAAAGACCUAUUGAAGUUUUUUUUACUAAAGCUAGCUUAUAAUGUCAUGAACAUCUCCAGAAAAUUUUGUCUUUGGUUUUGGAGUCAUUGCUGAGCUAUUCUUAAUUAUAGGUGGCAUAUGGUUUCAUAUCACUAAUUGGUCUUUUUUAUAACAGCCAUAUUGACAUGAAAUUGUAUUGCAAGCACCAGUGUACAUAAUGACAUUAAAUAAGGUUCAAAUUAUGCUACACUGAAGUUGAACAGAAGUUUGAUACCUGUGCUUGACAUACUAUUUAAUGUCAAAAUCUCUGCCGUGAAAAGACCCAUUCCAAUGUGGCUAAUAAAUGCCAAUACUCCACCCUGCAUUAAUCAGAGGGGAGUGAGGUGUGCAAAUCAGUCGGGCGUAAUCAAUCAAUAGCAGAUGCUGUCAAUUACCUGGUAGAGAUAAAAGCAUUGCCUUUGCUGCAGCAGCAUACAUUUUGACAAUGUCUUCGGUAGGGAAGUUAUUUAGACUCAAUCAGAAUCUUGUUGUGACCCUUUCAAAUGUCACCUCAAGAAGAUAACCCGUGCUUUAGUAGAUGUGCCUGAGACAGCAAUACAAGAUCACACAAGUCUCGAUUUCGGUUCAGGUCAGUGCAUCUGCAGAAAUUGCUGUGUGAGACUAUCAUAACUCUCAUCUGAGAACAAACAGAUCUGUCAGUCUGACGUUUCAGUAGUGACUUAGCAAACCCUCCUCGUAGUGUAUCUACGGCUGGUCCCUCAACAUCUGGAGAUGAAGGUACAUGGCUAGGAUGUGUUGAAGAAUCCAUGCCCAGCACUGGAGAGUUGAGACUGAACUUUUUACAUCCUUAUGGACCAUCUCCAUCCUACUCAUUCCCAAACCAUCCUGAUACACUUUUCACAGAUCAUCAGGAUGUGCUUUUAGUAGAUGAACCUGUGAUGGCAACAGGAUGGACAUACAGAGUUUCAAGCAAAGGCACAACUGCUGUGUCAAAGACUCUGAUGGAAUAUAAAUUGAGAGUAUAGCCAUUGUUUGUUUUUUCGAUUCCCACCUUACCAUUCAAACAGUCCAGCUUGUACAUAACUUAUUCAUGAUUCCACUAAAGUUGAAUUUCUUUACUCAUUCUUAAGAGCCCCUUUAGUUUCAGUUUAGUUUUUGUGUUUGUUUUUCAGGUUUGCGAGGAAAGGCUUGAUCUAUUUUUUCUGAAAACAUACAAUGAAAGAAUGCAUGAUCUCAAAUAUGAUUUACUUAAUUCAAGGCCCUUUUUUGUAGACUUGUGUCUCAAGAAGUCAAAAAUGUGAACUGGAAAGAAAAACUAAAACUAUUCUGAUUUACCAUUCUAUUUUGUUUUAGUUACUUUGGCAUUAUUGUCUUUUUUUUAUUCAUUUUAAACUGUGGUUUUUAUUUUUAUUUCAAUUAAAAUAUAUUUUCACUGCUAGUUCUGGCUUUAGUCUUACUUUUCAAGAACCCUGAUAACCCUAUACUAUUCACUGAUCACUAACUGCUAUUCAACAGCAUUGUAAGGAAUUGUUGUUUUGAGUCGCACUUCAGAUGAGAAACAAUAUCUCAGCAACAACUCAAAAACCAAAGACCACAUUUUCUGGAGAUGUUCAUGACAUUAUAAGGUAGCUUUAGUAAAAAAUUGACCAAUUUUAAAAUAGAGGUUUUUUCACUAUUUAAAUUUUAAUGUUAUAAUCACUCAUAACAUGGUAAUUUUUCAUUUUGGGGAUAGCAUAGUAUUUACACAAAAUAUAGAGUGGUAAAACAGCUUUAAAACAAUAUGGGGCCAUUUCUGUGCAACUUAUAUUUAGGGAGAUAUAGUCAGUCAAAGUCAUAAUCAUAAAUAAGUUCAAACUUUGUUAGCUUAAAUCUCCCGUAAUAUUGAUCCAAGAUAUGUGCAAUUUCAGUUCCAUGGGUUACUCGUAUGACCAAAUCAGCAUGCUAAGUUUCGUUAAAAUCUGUGACGGUGAGGUCCAAAAUUGUGAUGAUUUGACAUGGAAUUACUUGUAUGUAUAGAAGGAAUCCGUGUCAGAAGAGUGCUAGUUCAAUUCAGAGCACACAUGUCCACGCUAUGACAUAAAGGGGAAAUGUUGAGUUAAUCAGCCUAACCUGCAUGUCAAUGGGAGUAAAUCAGAGUACUUGGUGGCUCUUAAAAUUUGUUUAUUUCUAAAUUGGUGGUGAAAGACUAGCGUAGCUGCUUCACUGCAUUAGAGUCAUAAGUUUGGAUCUUAGGCCCAAUCUGUCCUGGGUAAAGUUUGCACUUCACCUGUGUGCCUGCAUGGUUUAUUCCCUUCUGCAUCCCAAAGAUGUGUAGGUUAAGACAAUUCUUGACUAUCCUCUGGCUUGGUAUGAGUGAGCCGUGCAAUGGUUGGUUCCCCAUCCAGGGUAAGUUCUUGCCUUGCACCUAUUGCUGCUAGCAUAAGCAUGGGUCCCUCACAUAUACAGAACUGAACAAGCUAGCUAUCAGGUUAGAAUAUGUAUGGAUAGAUUUUUUUUUUUUAAAUUGAUUCAAUAACAUUGUUCGUGGUUUUUCAUUCUUAUCACUAAUAGAAGUUUUUGCAACGUUUAGUAUGAAACCAAACAUCUGCUUGAUUUGUGCCCGGAUUAAACAAGUUUGUUACAACCUGGGUUGGACUACUUGUGUUAAAGGCGCAUCAAACCUGUUGAAAAUAGUUGUUCUUUGUUACUGUACUUGUAGGUAGGAAAAAAAAUGUUUUCUAUUAUAAAUUCUGCCAUAGCUAAUUUUCAACAAUCUUAAGAUAAGUUAAUCAAUACCUUAUUUAGCUCCAUUGUUCAGUUUGCACUAUCAUAAAGAGUUCUCAAAUGCUUUUGCCAAAAAAAACUUAAUUAUAUUUCAGAGUUAGGUCCCUAUUAUAUACAGCUAGCUGAAAUAGUAAGUUUGGACCUUACUUAAAUAAUUUGCUUUGAUCAUUUGAUUAUUUUAGCACGCAUCCCACUUAAAAGAUUUGGUGAACCUAACUUUUAAGGCAUGAAAAAGAUGACAAAUUAUUUGCCAUUUAUUGAAAUAGAGGCAAGUUAAUAAUGUUGCAUCUUGUUAUAGUUUUUUCUACCAAGAAUUUUGAUUAGAUGUUCUUAACUCUUGACAUCUUUAUUUGCAGAUUCUACCUUGUUAGCUUAAAACUUUCCAAAACUGUUUUUCCCUUUAUGUUUUUUUUAUGUGUGGUUAGUGCGGUAAAAUGAAGCUAUCAGCUUUAGAGGGUCAUGAAUAACUGAAUCCAUAUUGAACAGGGAACAGAAUGUGGACAUUGCAUCAAUUGAAUGUCUGUUACAAAGAUGUUAGCUUUGUAGUAAUGUGCAUAUAAUGUAUAACCAUUCAGAAAAACAAAUCGAAUAACUUUGUAAAACCAUACAAAUUUAACCCAGAGGUUUGGUUUGGAUGAAGAUAGAUUCAAAACUGAGUGGCAUUUUAAGUGGUUAGUGUAGUUUUGGAACAUAACAUUGGUAUGCAGUACAUCUCUUAAAAAAAACAAAAAAAAAAAAAAAAAAACAUAGUUGAUCUAAUAUGUCUAUUACAAAGCUACAACAAUGUCCAAAGCAGUCUUGUUGUGGCACACAUCAGUUGCAUUUAAUAACUUUGCAGUAUAUAAUCCAGAGGUUGGUUUCAUUAACAUUAGCGUGGUUCUCAACCUGGGUUGGGGGUUAGGGCAGUAAACUUCUAGAGCAGUGGUUUUUAACCUGAGGCCUGUGAGGUUCAGAUAAAAAUUAACAUUUAUAUUCACUAUACAGCCUGGUACUGUUGAUUUUUCUCGCAUGAACUUUCUCACGUGAUUUUUCCGUGCAUUACUUCUCUCGCCGUUAUUUUUCUUGCAAGUAUUCAUCUCAUCUAAGGCUAAUGCAGAAGUUAUAUACUCAUGAGAAAAAUAACGUGCGAGAAAAAUCACGUGAGAAACAUCACUCGAGAUAAAUAGCUGUUACCAUUGGUUCCCAUUGAAAGAAAUUAUUAUUUCUGGGGAAGGGGGGUCCAUAGCUUUCAUAAGAUUCUUAAAGGGGUUGUGACUCAGAAAGGUUAGGAAUCACUUUUCUAGAGCAGGGGUAGGCAACGUCGGUC